AUGGCAGCAGAACAACCUCAACUCUUGUUCGAUCUCUUCGAUUCCUACUGGUUUGCUCACCAAAUCUUCAACAAACCCCAAACCCCACCUGCCAAAUCUCCUGAACACAAAGAACCAGCUGCUAAAAUAUCUCAAAAUCUUGAUUUCUCAUCUGUCCCAACAAUUAACAUUAGAUGUCCCAGUGACCAACUGUCCAUCAACUCCAAGCAACAAAAGUUUAUUUCAGACUCCCCAAACUCUGUGCUUAAUCUCCAAACUCCAAAAGAAGUUGAAGAAGAAGAAGAAAAAGAAGUUAUAAUACAAGUGAAGAACAAGAAUUUGAAUAGAGAUGAGAGAAGAAGAAUGAAGAAUAUGAAAAGCAAAAGCAAGAGCAAGAGCUUGUCAGAGCUUGAAUUUGAAGAGCUAAAAGGGUUUAUGGAUUUAGGGUUUUUGUUUUCGGAAAAAGAUAAGGAUACAAGUUUGGUUUCGAUAAUUCCGGGGUUGCAGAGGUUAGGGAAAGAUGAGAAAGAACAAGUGAAUGAUGAUUGUGUUAAUGUUUCGAGACCGUAUCUGUCGGAAGCAUGGGGUGAUAUGGAGAAGAUUAAGGAAGAAGCAUCAAGACUGAUAAGGAUUCCGGUAUAUGGGAAUGAAGCGGAUGUUAAGAAUCAGCUCAGAUUUUGGGCUCAUUCUGUUGCUUCUGUUGUUAGAUGA